AUGAUGAUGAUUCGAUCGCGCGUCGACGUCGUGGGCGCGGGCGCGCGGGCGACGCCGACGUCGCGGGAGGAUGGUGGACGGUGUUUCGCGCGAAGGAAAGGGUCGACGGGCGCGAAGGCGGCGAUGGUGGGUUGGGCGGACGACGCGCGCGGGGGGCGGAGGGUUAUCGCGGCGGCGCGCGCGACGACGGGCGACGACGGGCGAUUGAAGACGCCGGCGCGGCGUCGGCGGGGUGGGAAGGCGGGGGUGAAGCGGAUGCUUCGGGUGGUGGGGGCGAUCGCGGACGCGGGGUCGACGACGGCGGCGGCGGCGGCGGCGGCGGCGGCGGCGACGGCGACGACGUCGGCUGGGAUGGAACCAAAGCCGAUGAUCGCGCAAAAGGUGAGCAAGCACACGAAGACGAGCGAGGUGAGCGAGAGUAAGGGUGAAAGCUCGGCGGUGGCGAACAGAAGGCUCACGCGGGCGAAGUUUUCGGACGAGGCGUCGUACACGCGCCGACGCAAGUUUCCGGUGUUGUUUUACAGUAAGGAGAUGGAACCUCUCGCACACAAGGUCGCGGCGGCGAGCGAGAACGUGGUGGAGCUGGGACAGAUUGAUUGGCGAACGUUCCCGGAUGGGUUUCCUGAUUUAUUCAUCAACGACGCGUACGACGUGCGGGAUCGUCACGUGGCGUUUUUAGCCUCGUUCCACUCGCCGGAGGUCAUCUUCGAGCAGUUGAGCAUCAUCUACUCGUUGCCCAAGAUGUUCGUGGCGUCGUUCACGCUCGUGCUGCCGUUUUUCCCCACCGGCACCGCCGAGCGAGUGGUUCGCGAGGGCGAGGUGGCGACGGCGGUAACUCUGGCGAGGAUUUUGAGUAACAUUCCGCCGUCUCGCGGCGGGCCGACGAGUACGAUCAUCUUCGACAUUCACGCCCUGCAGGAGCGAUUUUAUUUUGGUGAUAGUAUCUUGCCGUGCUUCGAGAGCGGGAUCCCGCUCCUUCUCGAGCGCUUGAAUGCGCUCGAGGAUUCCAACAACGUCGUCAUCGCGUAUCCGGAUGAAGGGGCGUACAAGCGAUUCCAUUCCUUCUUCGCCGGAGCCGGAUACGAGUGCGUGGUGUGCACCAAGGUACGCGAGGGGUCAAAGCGUAUCGUGAAACUCAAGGAAGGUGAGCCCAUUGGUCGUCACGUCGUUAUCGUCGACGAUCUCGUGCAGUCAGGUUCGACGCUCAUUGAGUGUCAAAAGUUGCUACAUCGCCUCGGCGCCGCCAAGGUCUCCGCCUACGCCACUCACGGCGUGUUCCCCAACGCCUCCUGGAAGCGGUUUACCUCCUCCGGCGUCGGCGGACAAGGUUUUUCCAACUUUUGGAUCACCGAUUCCUGCCCGCAGACCGUUGAGGCGAUCGCCGGGCACGAGCCGUUCGAAGUCUUGUCCCUCGCGCGCGCCAUCGUGGACGCCCUCGAGGUCUAG